AUGCUUGUGCUUGAGCCCAUUUUGCUGUCACUGUCGACGUACAUUUCCGUUGUCUUUGGACUGAUGUACAUCUUCUUCCUCGCCUACCCCAUGUCUUUUAUCCGUGAGCGCAACUGGGACCCAACGUUUGCUGGGCUCCCAUUACUCUCCAUCUUGGUUGGCACCAUCCUGGGCGGCGCACUAAUCAUCUUGACGACCAACACACGUCUUUCACCGGACCCGAGCGCCGGCCGUCCUAGGGAGAAUAGGCUCAUCCUCAUGAUGCUGGGUGCCAUCCUCCUGCCCCUGGGAAUGUUCUGCUUCGCUGCAACUAGCUCCCCGGAUACGAGUCCAUGGCCUCAAAUAGCUUCAGGGGUUCCCAUUGGUGCAGGAAUCAUCCUCAUUAAUAUGCAAGGAUUGAACUUCAUCGUCGACUGCUAUGGGGUCAACUCAAACUCGGCAGUGUCCGCUAAUACAUUCAUGCGCUCGUUGUUCGCAUCGGGGUUCCCUGUGUUUGCGUGA